UUCCGGUUAAAUGUUGAUGAAGUUUAAGGCACAUUAUCAUUAUCUGUGACAUUUUCCCGAUUGUCUGGCCUGUUAAAGAAUGAACCCGGCGGCGGAAGCUCAAGUUGUGGAGGAUGUACAGGGAGACGGACGCUGGAUGAGCUUGCACAAGCGCUUCCUGCUUGAGGCCAAGGAGAGAGAGCCGGAGGUCGUGUUUAUCGGAGACUCGCUGAUCGCACAACUGCAACACAUGCCAAUUUGGCAGCAGAUGUUUGAACCUCUCCACUGUCUCAACUUCGGUGUCGGCGCCGCCGACCAAACCCAGCACGUGUUGUGGCGCGUGCACAAUGGAGAACUGGACAACAUGGAACCCAAGGUGGUGGUGAUGCUUGUUGGCACCAACAACCACGGCCAUACUGGAGAGCAGGUGGUCGGUGGCAUCCUGGAGAUUGUGUCCGCCAUACAGGCCAAGCAGCCACAGUGUCAAGUCGUCGUCAUGGGCAUUCCCCCUCGUGGAGAGAACCCGAACAUACUCCGGGAGAAGAUCCUGCAGAUCAACACAAGCCUCGCAGAGCAGCUGAAGGAUAAAGGGAACGUGACCUUCCUCAACAUCGACGCCAGCUGGUUCGUCAGUGCUGACGGCAAGAUAACACACCACGAUAUGCACGACUAUCUUCACAUGACCAGACGGGGAUAUCAGAAGAUCUGUGAACCACUUCUGGAAGAGAUUCAGAACCUUUUGCAGACAUUUGUGAAAGUGGAGAGCACAUCCGUGGAGACGGUGUCUAUGGCUGGAGAGUUGGCUGGGGACAAGGCCUAGUUACUCUUUCAUGGCUCACAGUUCCUGAGUGGCUGUUCCUUCAGAUUUGGUUCUUGAAGAUGAUGGUUCUGGGAGCCUUGGUUCUAGAUCUUGUUCCUGAAGAUAAUGGUCAUUAGGGUUUUGGUUCCUAAUGGGUUUAUGAGUCUACAUUUCUUGAGUCAUGGUUCUGGGGAGUUGGUUCCUGGAGAUGCUGCUCUUGAAAUCUUGCUUCCAGUCAUGAUUACGGGAGGACAUGGUUCCUACAGUUUGGGUUCUCAGACUUACGAUUCCAGGAGCUGCUGUUCUUGCAGUCAUGGUUCCCAGAUUCUGUAUUUCCAGAAUCAAAGUUCCAGGAAUCAGAACUCCAGGAAUCAAAGUUCCAGGAAUCAGAGUUCCAGGAAUCAGAGUUCCAGGAAUCAGAGUUUCCAGAGUCACUGUCUUAAGUAACAUGGGUCCAGGAGUUUCUUCGGAGGAGGAGGGUUUCAGAAUCAUAGUUCUCAGAACCACGGCUCCCUGAACCAACAUGGCUCCAGGACCCGUUCUCUGCUGCACUGUUAAUGCUCUGUGUUCAAAUGCAUAUGUGUUCCAUGCAAGCGUGUUCAGUUGUAUGUCUUAGAGAAGCUUUGAAUGUGUCGAGCUCUGUAUCUGUUCAAAGUUAUUCACAGAUGGGAGACUACAUGUGGAAUGUGUCCAUCAGACAGGUGUUAUACGCUGAUAAAACCAAGGGGCCCUUACCAACUGCUACUCCAGUGAUCUCGGUUAAGAUUUCAAGGUGGUCGCCCUGGUAACUAUAAUAACUGUGAGGAUCCCAAGACUCACCUUCAUUUCGAACACUGACGUCGACAAUAUAUAGUGCUACAUUGUUCAA